AUGCGUGCCAGGAGAUUGGGCAGAUCUAGAGACUCUGUCGAACUGGCUAACAAUUCAUCACACCCCUUUAUCGCCCCCGACCACCCUGAUCCUCCUUUCCCCGUCAAUCCAGCUUCCUCGGCAGCCAUUCCCGGCCCCCAGUCGCCCGAAUACCUCCCCACCGCACCUCAACUGUCGACUCCAUCUCGCGCGAACCGCCGUCGCCGUCAUUCAAGUCCGGAUACCCAGGGCUCUUCAUCCGCAACAGAAGCUCCCGCGGGAUCUGCACGUGAACCCGCUCCCCCAGAUUACCCCAGCCAUUUUGGCCGACCGGACGGCCGAUCGCCCUCCCCCAAGCGCAGGCGCCUGGUAAUCAUGCGUUCAGAUGGUAUCAAGACAGAAAACGGCUUUCCGGAGGCUUCGAAUGGGUCAUACCCUCCAACUCCGAGAAAGGCCGCUCUCAACGGGCAAUCGACCUCCGCCAACGGCAACUCUCAUACCACUCACACGAACGGCUCCACAGCGCCAGCUAAUUCUUCCACCUACUAUGGUCAUAAUCGGGAGGAGGUGACGCGGAUUCUGAUACAGAGCCUACAUGAGCUGGGUUAUACGUCGUCGGCGGCACAGCUGAGCUCGGAAAGCGGCUUCGAGCUAGAAACCUCGGGUGUUGCAACGUUCCGGAGUGCUGUGCUGGGUGGUAGAUGGGUGGAGGCCGAGAGGAUCUUGAUUCAGUCAUUCCAAAAUGCUGAAUUCCAACCAGAUCGAAAACCUCCACCUGAGGAGACUCUAGUCCUAGCCGCCGAGGCCGACAGAAACGAAAUGCUGUUCUACCUACGACAACAGAAGUUCCUUGAGCUACUAGAAGGGCGCGAUCUGGCUGCGGCACUUAGUGUUCUUCGUCAAGAGCUAACGCCCUUGAACUUUGAUGUCGAUCGUCUUCAUGCGCUUUCAAGUCUUCUCAUGUGCCCAACCGAGCUAUUACAUGAUCAAGCAGGGUGGGAUGGGCCCGUCAGUUUAUCGCGCGAACGACUUCUUGGCGAGCUGUCGAAGUCCAUUUCUCCGUCUGUGAUGAUUCCCCAGCAUCGUCUCGCGAUUCUGUUAGAUCAUGUCAAGUCGACUCAGAUCAACAACUGUUUAUAUCAUAACACUGCUGAGUCUCCGUCACUUUACUCAGACCACAUGUGCGACCGAAAUGACUUUCCUUUAGAGGUCAGUGUGGACUUGACUCACCAUUCUGAUGAAGUGUGGUAUUGCGAAUUCUCCCAUGAUGGCUCGAAGCUGGUCACUGCUGGCAAGGACCACAACGUGCUUAUCUACAAUACGGCCAAUUUCAGUGUUCUUCAUAGGCUCACAGAACACGAGGAGGGCGUGGCCUUUGCCAGUUGGAGUCCGGAUGAUACCAAGUUGAUUACCUGCUCACAAGAUAACAAGGCUCGAGUAUGGAGUGUUGAGACCGGUCGCUGCUUGCUCACUAUUAACCACCAUCGCCAACCAGUAACGGCGGCAGCCUGGGCGCCAGAUGGCGAAUCCUUCAUAAUAGCAUCUCUUGAUGCCGAUUCACAGCUUCGUCGCUGGGGUAUGCGUGGCGAGUCCAUACACGUAUGGAAAAGCGGAUAUCGUGUGCAAGACUGUGCUAUCAGCGCCGAUGGACGACGUCUCGUCGCCGCCGAUACGGAAGCCAAGAUUCAUGUGUACAAUCUUCAUACAUAUGAUGAAGACUACUGUCUCCCACUCCCCAGUAAACCGACCUCCGUUGCCAUCAGCCAAGAUUCUCGACAUAUGCUCAUAAAUCUGGCCGAGGGCGAGAUUCAGCUAGUCGACAUGGAGACCACCGCUGUUGUCCGUCGCUUCAAAGGCCAGAAACAAGGCGAAUUUGUGAUUCGCAGCACCUUCGGUGGUGCGGCAGAAAACUUUAUCGUCAGUGGCAGUGAGGACUCCAAGGUUUACAUCUGGCACAAGGAAAACGGGAACCUCGUCGAGACUCUUGAGGGACACAUUGCAGGUUGCGUGAACUCAAUAUCGUGGAAUCCCGCCAAUCCGGGGAUGUUUGCAUCAGCAGGCGAUGACAAUACAGUAAGAAUGUGA